AUGCCAAUAAUACCCUCAACCGGCCACCAUACCCUCAACCCAGCGACCGGCCACCAUACCCUCAACCCAGCGACCGGCCACCAUACCCUCAACCCAGCGACCGGCCCACCAUACCUCACAGCGACCGGCCACCAUACCCUCAACCCAGCGACCGGCCACCAUACCUCAACAGCGACCCGGCCACCAUUCCUCAACCAGCGACCGCCACCCAUAUCCCUCGACCCACGACCGGCACUACCAUCCCUCAAACCCAAGUCGACGUGCCACCUACCCUCAACCCCAGCGACCGGCCACCCAUCACCCCAAUCCCAGCGACCGCGCCACCAUACCCUCUACCAGCUGUACCGGCACCAUACCCUCAAUACCAGUCGGAACCGCCACCAUACCCUCAACCCACGCGACCGGCCACCAAUACCCUCAACCCAGCACCGGCCACCAUACCCUCUUUCCAAAAAAACCCCCAAGGCCGACAAUGCCGCAUCCACCAACCUCACACCCAGCUACCGGCCACAUCACUCUCAUAACGCGCACCGGCCUACCUACCCUCGACCAAGCGACCGUGCCACCAUUUACCCUGACCAGUCGACCUCGCCAACCGCAUACCCUCAACCACGACCGCCACCAUACCCUAUAUCCAGCGACUUCACCUACUACUCAACCCAGCGACCGGCCACCAACCCCUCAACCAUGCGACCCGCACCAUGCCCUCAACCCAGUCAGCACCUGCCCCACCAUUACCCUCGAUCCCAGCGACUCGCUACAUACCCUCAACCCAGCGACCCGGCCACCAUACCCUCAACAGCCGACCUGGCCACCAUUACCCUUCAACCCAGCGAUCCGGUCCACCAUACCCUCAACCUAAACAGCACCGAAAUAUCCACACGAUCAAGUCAAUUCAAUGCAAAAAAAACCCUCAACCGGCCACCAUACCCUCAACCCCAGCGACCGGCCACCAUACCCUCAACCCAGCGACCGGCCACAACCAUACCAACUAGCGACCGGCCACCAUACCUCGACCCAGCGACCGGCACCAUCAACCCAGCGACCGGCCACCAUACCCUCAACCAGCGACCGGCCACCAUGUCAACCCAAGCGACCGGCCACCAUACCCUCACCCAGACCGGCACCAUACCCUCGACCCAGCGACCACCAUACCCAACCCAGCGACCGGCCACCAUACCCUCAACCCAGCGACCGGGCCACCCAUACCUCACCCCAGCGACCGGCCACCAUACCCUCAACCCAGCCGGCACCAUACCCUCAACCAGCGACCGGCCACCAUACCCUCAACCCAGCGACCGGCCACCAUACCUCAACCAGCGACCGGCCACCAUACCCUCAACCAGCGACCGCCACCAUACCCUCAACCCAGCGACCACCAUACCCUCACCCAGCGACCGGCCACCAUACCCCUCGAAACCGGCCACGACGGCCACAUACCCUCAUACCCUCGACCCAGCGACCGGCCACCAUACCCUCAACCCAGCGACGACCGGACCGGCCACCAUACCCUCGACCCAGCGACCGGCCACCAUACCCUCAACCCGACCGGCCACCAUACCCUCAACCCAGCGACGGCCACCAUACCCUCAACCCAGCGGCCACCAUACCUCAACCAGCGACCGGCCACCAUACCCUCGACCCAGCCCAGCGACGGCCACCAUACCCUCACCCGACCAGCGACCGGCCGCCUACCAUACCCGCCUCCCACUUAAGCGCAGUAAUGAAAUGUUCACACAGCGACAGAGCAACACCUACCUUGAGGCCGUGAUCAAACGCUUCCCGGAACAAAUUGCAUCAAAGUUCCAGACCUGUCGACGCUCAGCGACAGCUUAG